AUGCAAGUAAGCAAACUGUUGUGCUUACCCGUGACCAUUCAAGAGCUUACGAGACGCGAACGUAGCGCUGUAGCGACAUCAAAUAUAACCUAUUUUGUUAUUGACUGCCGCUCGAACGAGGCUUAUAACAGUGGACACAUCUACGGUUCAUUCAAUUUGGACUGCAGACUGUUGGUGGAUGCGCCGAGUCAGUUCGAGAUGGCUUUGACUUGUCUUGAAUCGUACAAAAACGAGCAGAAGUUUGAGGAGCAUAUUUGCUUCUUUGGUUAUGGCGAUGAGGACGAGGACCAGUUUAUGAAUAUGGUGAUUGCUCGAUUCCUUCGUGAUGGCAAGAGUCAUGUCACCUUCGCGCAGGGUGGUUAUCGAGGUACGUCCAUUCUAAGUUCAAGACACGCCCUACGUUGA